ACAAACCCAAAUAGCUAUUUAAAAUUUUCCCACUCUGUAACUCAUUUCCAAUAAAUUAUCAGAUUCUUUUAAUUUUGUUUUUGUAGUAAGUUUCAUUCAUCCUGUCCUUUCUUCCUUAGUUUAGGCUUGGUUACCAUGGCUCUUAAUAGCUUUGCAGUGGCUCCAUCUUCAAUACUUAUGGCCAUUUCUCAUAUUGUUACAAGAGUCACUUUUCUAAAUAGAGGGUAUUAUUAUCAAUGCCCGUAUUUAAUGGCACUUUUCUGUUGUUAGCCCUGAAAGCAGAACACUUUACAUGAAUUAUCUCAGGUAAUCUGUACUUCAAAUCUAUGAGGAGGGUGCUAUCAAUCACUUAUAGAUGAGGAAACUGAGAAUUUUCUAACGUCACCGGUAGGAAAUGGUGGAGCUGGGAUUCUAAACCAAAACUAUUGUACUGCAGAGUCCCUCAUGUCACUCCCUGCUUAAAUCUGUAGGGCCCACUAAGGUGUUUCAGGCAAAGGAGACAGGCAAAAUGAUAAUGUGUAUUGGGGGGACAUGUAGUAGCCACUCACCAAAUUUGUCAGGAACAGUGGUCAGAGACUUUGUGUGUUGGAACACAGAAUAAAUAACAGGUUAUAACAGAAUAAAUAAAAUAACACUAUGCCUAACCUGGCUCUCCCAGACCAGCUGAAACAAAAUAUCUGGGAAUGGGGCCCAGGAUGGGUGUUUUUAAAUGCUCCCCAGAUGACUCUGCUUUACAGCCAGGGUUGAGAACCAUUGGUCUAGAAUAUGGAGCUUAUGGAGUGGGAGGUCAGGGAGGGCAAUAUAACAGUAGGAAAUAAUACUGGAAAAGUAAUUUAUUUUGACAUUUGUCUGCCAUUUUUCGUUUGUUAGAUAUUUUAGAGGCUGUAUGUUAUGUUUUGCCAACUGUUGAGCAUGUAAAACAGCAAACAAAAAACUGGGGUCAAAUUGGAAAGGAGAACAAAAUGCAUCUGGUAGUAUGCUAUGAUACUACUUUUGUGUUCAACUCAGUUGAAGUUUGCUGCUAAAGAUGGCAGACCCAGAUGUCCUCACCGAGGUUCCUGCAGCAUUGAAGAGGCUAGCCAAGUACGUGAUCCGGGGGUUUUAUGGCAUUGAGCAUGCUUUGGCCUUGGACAUCUUGAUCCGGAACCCCUGUGUGAAAGAGGAGGAUAUGUUGGAGCUGCUCAAGUUUGAUCGGAAGCAACUUCGAUCAGUUUUGAAUAAUUUAAAGGGAGAUAAGUUCAUCAAAUGCAGAAUGAGGGUAGAGACUGCUGCAGAUGGGAAAACCACUCGCCAUAACUACUACUUUAUUAAUUAUCGUACUCUUGUUAACGUGGUAAAAUAUAAAUUGGACCACAUGAGAAGGAGGAUUGAAACUGAUGAGAGAGAUUCCACCAACCGGGCUUCCUUCAAAUGUCCUGUCUGUAGUAGUACUUUUACGGACUUAGAAGCUAAUCAGCUCUUUGAUCCUAUGACAGGAACUUUCCGCUGUACUUUUUGCCAUACAGAGGUAGAAGAAGAUGAAUCAGCAAUGCCCAAAAAAGACGCACGCACACUUUUGGCAAGAUUUAAUGAACAAAUUGAGCCCAUUUAUGCUUUGCUUCGGGAAACAGAGGAUGUGAACUUAGCCUAUGAAAUACUUGAGCCAGAACCCACAGAAAUACCAGCCUUAAAACAAAGCAAGGACCGUGCAGCAACCACUGCUGGAGCUGCUGGCCUGGCAGGUGGGCACCACCGGGAAGCAUGGGCCACCAAAGGUCCCUCCUAUGAGGACUUAUACACUCAGAAUGUUGUCAUUAACAUGGAUGACCAAGAAGAUCAUAGAGCUUCACUAGAGGGGAAAUCUGCCAAAGAGAGACCCAUUUGGUUGAGAGAGAGCACUGUCCAAGGAGCAUAUAAUUCUGAAGAGAUGAAGGAAGGUGGCAUAGAUAUAGAUGCGUUUCAGGAGCGUGAGGAGGGCCGUGCAGGGCCAGAUGAUAACGAGGAGGUCAUGCGAGCACUGCUCAUUCAUGAGAAGAAGACCCCCUCUGCCACAGCAGGCUCAGUGGGGGCGGCUGCUCCUGUCACUGCUGCCAAUGGCAGUGACUCGGAGAGUGAGACCAGUGAGUCAGACGAUGACUCCCCACCUCGACCGGCAGCUGUGGCAGUGCAUCAUCGGGACGAGGACGACGAGGAGGACGAUGAGUUUGAGGAAGUAGCAGAUGACCCUGUUGUUAUGGUGGCUGGCCGACCAUUCUCCUACAGUGAAGUGAGCCAGCGGCCAGAGCUAGUGGCCCAGAUGACACCAGAGGAGAAGGAAGCAUACAUAGCAAUGGGACAGCGCAUGUUUGAGGACCUCUUUGAGUGAGCUUUCCCUAUCUUUUCUUCCUUUCUCCAAUGCUAAUUUCAAAAAGAAAUUCCCUACCUUUGAAGAAAAGUGUUUAAGUGGUGUUCUGCCUUUCUUGAAGUAAAGAGCUCAAGAAUAAUGGGAGAGAAAGUUUGAUUUUUAUGCCAGAAGCUUCCCCAAAGGUAGGUUGGCUAUAAGCAUUUCCUUCCCUCUUAUUACUCCAGUAUUAAUACCUUGCUGUAUUUCAGAUUUACCUAAUCUUUGCCCCAUUUUUCUCCCCUUCUGAAAUGAAUGCAGGCAGUCUUCCUGUCUGCCUGUAGAAGCCCACUAUGAUAGGUUAUACGAAUUCACUGAUCACCUCCGUUUUGUUCUCACCAAGGAUUCCCAACAGUUCCUGGUAUUGCUGCCAAGAAGUUUGGCAACAGGCGAAUCAAUGAUGAGUGACAGAAAAAAAAAUCUUAAAACUUCUUAUUGCCACACAGUUGAGGAUUGGAGUCAAUAUAUAAGACUCCGAUGAAAAUUUGUGUCUUUCGAGCUGACUUGACUGAUAGUGUGUUGUUCUGCUUCAUGCCUUUUGGUUUGGCUGUUGGAUGAUAGAAAACAGAAUGUAUAUUUGGUAAGCCCUUAUGAAAUUAGGAAAAAAAACAUGGAUAUAGGACGAUUUCCUGUACAGGGUUAAAGAGUGGAGAGCAUUGGGAACAGUGCCUUUUACAAUUGCCUGAAUUUGUGCUGAUUUGGACAUCCUUUAUGGAAAGCUGAGACUGGUUCCCUUCUUUUUCCUGUCUUCUACAGUGGUAUAAAUUGUUGAAUGAGGCCAUUCCAGCAGAAAUCAGCAUAUAAAAAUUAUUACUCCUCUCUUUUUUUUCCUUUCUCAACAUCAUUGAAGGCCUUCUUUGUCUCUCUUUUGAUUCUUGUCUGACAUGGUGUUUUAGAAUGCAUCUAGUGCAUCGUUGAACAUUGUAACCUCAAGGAAUGUAGCUUACUUUUGGUUCUGAUGUAUAGCAUGGUAUUAUUCCCUAAGGCAGAACUUUAAAAAUAAAGAAUAUUCAUGCAAGGGUCUAUAGCAAUUGUAUUUUUUUUGUAAUAUUUUUCCUUGCAUUAUAAUUUUUAAGUAUUUAUCAUAUUAUAGUACACGUGUGAAGAUAGAUUUUAGAGUAUCUGAGCCUUGUAUGAAGUGAUGUUUCAUUUACUUGGGUUGUAUUAAUGAUUGAAUAUUGACAAUAAAUCUAUUUUAUACCGACCAAAAUUUGUUAAUUUCUAGCUCUGUAACAUCUUUGAGCAUAAUUAAAAUGAAUACUCUUCCCAUUAAAA